GAAGCCUUCAAAGCUUCAAACCCCCGCCAAGUAGCCUUUCUUCGUGUCCCCACCCACGUAAGACCUAUCCGACCUACCGGAGGUGCCGAUCUAUCAUGGCAAGCAAGAAGAUCGACUAUGUCAUCUUUGACAUGGAUGGUCUACUGAUCGACACUGAGAGCGUGUACACCAAGGUUACCGAUGACAUCCUUGCACCUUAUGGAAAGACAUUGACGUGGGAUGUCAAAGCUGGAUGCAUGGGCAGAGUGGAAAGAGAGGCAGCAGCACAUAUCCUCAGAUCCUACCCUGGGGUGCCGCUCACGGUGGACGCGUACAUUGAGCAAAGGCGUGUUCAACAGGAUAUACUCUGGUCGACCGUGCGACUUCUCCCCGGCGUGCGCAAGCUUGUCACCCAUCUCCGUAAACACAAUGUCCCAAUUGCUGUGGCAACCGCCUCCCUCCGUCGAAAUUAUGAGCGCAAGACAAGACAUCUUGCUGACCUGUUCGACUGCUUUGAGGGGAAAGUCAUUUGCGGAGACGAUGUCAAGGAUCAAACGACUGGCAAGCCAGAACCGUACAUCUUCCUGCACGCCGCUCAAACCAAGCUCGGGAAGGACGUCGGAUACGGAGAAGUUGAAAACGCGUCGCCGAGUGAGAACGAAGUACGUAGCAAGGGUUUAGUGUUUGAGGAUGCUGUCCUCGGUGUGCAAGCAGGUAAACGAGCGGGCAUGAACGUGGUCUGGGUCCCCGACCCUGGUCUGCUUAACCUGGAAUAUUCGGGAUUCUUGUUCCCGGAUCAAACAAUUGCAUCCAUCGAGGAGUUCAAACCCGAAGAAUGGGGCCUUCCACCAUAUGAUACCUAAAUCCACAGCCUACAACGCCUCUUCAUUAUGAUCAGUACACGAUCUAAACGCAGCAGUUCUCACUAGAGUGAGGUAUAUAAAUAUGGAUUAAAUACCAGUUGGUUGAUGAG